AUGGAUUUUUGUGUAACACAAAAACAAGUCCCAACUGUGAAACGCAUACACAGAACAUUUGCAGAGGAGUACACCUACUCGGGUUCCAUAGAAAGCCUACGAACAGUAAUUAGAAAGAUGGAAUUUCGUUGGCGAAAAACCAGAACUAAUAGAAAAUUAUUAAUGGAAAAGCCCAAUAUUCAACAUCUUAGACUGAAUUUCUUACGUAGUAUGAAACGUUACAGGAACGCAAAUCUCCCAGUUAUAUACAUGGAUGAAACAUACGUCCAUUCAUCUCAUACCUACCAAAAGAGCUGGUCUGAUAGUUCAAACAAGGGCAUACAAAAACCAGUAUCUAAAGGACAGAUGCUUGUGAUAGUGCAUGCUGGAGGUGAAAGUGGUUUUGUUAAAAACGCUUAUCUGCGCUACAAACCUACUAUAAAAACAGGAGAUUAUCAUGAUACAAUGAACUACGACAAUUACAAAAAGUGGCUUCAGGAUAAACUGAUACCAAAUUUGCCCCCGAACAGCGUUUUAGUGAUUGAUAAUGCACCGUAUCACAACGUACAAACUGAGAAAUGUCCAACUAUGUCUUCCAGGAAAGCAGAAAUGCAGCAGUAG